CUUCCGUAGCUUGUGUGAGGAAAUGCAAACCUUCUGUCUACAUUGUCCAACGUUCUUUUAUGGUUAUAAUAAGGUUUCCUUCUUCUGACAUCUGGAUAGGCAGAACAACAAGGAAACAAUGACAACUUGUGCUGUCUACCGCUCAAUUUUUGAUUUGGGCUCAGAUGAAGAGGCAUUUGAAUUGAGAGAGGUGAACCCUGUCCUUAAAGAGGCUGUAAACACAGUACCAGCGGCAGACUGUCUGGAUGAUAAAAGUCCAGAAGAUGACAGACUGCGAGAGGGCAGCCUUCUUAGAGAGGUGUCAGACAAGAUGGUCUGCUCAGCCUGUAAAUGUCCCUUUAUGAACCGCGAGGAACAGAAGGAGCACUACAAGCUUGAUUGGCAUCGGUUUAACCUGAGACAAAAGAUGGCAGGACUGCCUCCACUCACAGCAGAAGAGUUUGAGAGGAAAACUGGAGCUGGAGACCUGUCAAGUAUCUCUGGCUCAGAGUCAGAUUCAGAGGAGGACUCGGAUAGUGAAAAAGAGGGAACCAGCAGUAAUGUCACUGGCACUGAUAAUGAAAGCUCAGUUGAAUCCCAUUCAAUGAUAGCUCGGCUCUCCAGCAAGGUGGUUUUCCAGAAUGCUAUAGGAGAAUUUCUAUCUGUGUACCGCUGUGUGCUGCAGGGAAAGUCAGAUGACAAGCUUGAUGCAGUAUCAUCUCUGAAGGUCAUGAGUAAAAAGACUGUGUGGGUCAUCCUCAUGACAGGUGGAGGCCAUUUUGCUGGUGCAGUCUUUGAAGGAAAAAAAGUCCUUCAGCACAAAACCUUCCAUCGGUAUACAGUGCGAGCAAAGAGAGGUACUGCUCAAGGACUCAGAGAUUCUCAAAAUCGCAGCCACACGCCAAAGUCUGCAGGAGCUAUUCUGAGGAGAUACAAUGAGGCAGCACUUGUUAAGGACAUUCAGGACCUUCUAGUAACCUGGGCUGAACAUUUGAGCAAGGCAGCUGUAAUAUUUGUACGAGCCCCUAGCUACAACAGGACCAUCUUUUUCAGUGGCUGUGCAGCUUCCCUUGACAAAAAAGACCCUCGAAUCCGCACAAUCCCCUUCGCAACACGCAGAGCAACAUUUCGAGAGGUUCAGAGGGUGCAUGAGAUGCUCUCUAGUGUUCGAGUGUAUGGAAAAGAUACAGAUAUGUCUGCAGUCUUGAGUCCAUCUAAGAUAGCAUGGAAGAAAUCUGUCAAGCCUACGGUUGCAACAAACACUGAUCAAGAAAAAGGAAAGGAAAACAAUGACACGUCUGAUGAAGAAGAAGGAGGGGAGAUCAAGCUGGAGAUGAUGGAGCUCACUUUAGGAACCCUAGACCUCAGGGAAUCUGAAAUUUAUCCUUCCAGGCACAAGAGAAGGAGGAGGAAAAAGAAAGAAGCCAAAAACCAAACCGAGGAAAUAAGUAACAAAGAAGCAGAUAAAGAAGAAGAGCUGCCUGGGGCUGAACCAGCAGAAGAAGAAGAAACCAUACAGAAGCAACAGUCUAUGAAAAAUAAGAGGAGGAAAUCUCAGAGUAAGAAAGAGGAUGAUGUUGAUGAUGAAUCUCUGGAUUAUGGCAUGAGGGAUGCGCUCUUUACAGCCUGCAAGGUUGGAGAUGUGGAUACUCUCUGUAGCCUUCUCCAGCCACCUGAGAGCUGUCAACAGUCAGAGAGCAACUCUUCCUCGGUCCCAAGUCCACUGACCCUUCUGAAUAUGCCCAUAGACUCGUCAGGGUUCACUUUGCUGCAUGUUGCUGCAGCAGCUGCACAAAGGGAAGUGAUCAGACUGCUCCUGGAUGUGGGAGCAGACCCAGCCUGCAGGGAUAAUAAAGGCCAGACUCCGUAUAUAGCCGCCCCCGACAAAGACACCAGAAACGUCUUUCGUAAAUACAUGGGUGAACAUCCUGAAAAAUAUGACUACAGCAAGGCACAAGUCCCCGGGCCACUGACAACUGAGAUUGAAUCCAAAAAGAUGGAGAAGAAAAAGGCCCAAAGGGCUCAGAAAAAGCAGAAAGAAAAGGAGCAGAAGGAGGAGAAGAGAAAACAAGAGUUGGAGGCAGAAGAGAAGAGGAAGUUUACAGCUCUAACAGAUCGUGAGAAGAGAGCUCUGGCAGCAGAAAGGAGGUUUGCACAACAAGUAGCUGCAACCGAAGUCAACUUCUCUAAUGUCAUGAGGUGCUGGUCAUGUGGGGAAUCUCUGCUCGGGAAGGUCCCAUUUCACUACUUGGAGUAUUCAUUCUGCACUCCACGCUGCGUUCAGGCUCAUCGUAAAGCAAAUGUUCCACCAGGCAAGACCUAGCACUUAUGUGGAAGCUCCCUUAUUAAAACUACUUUAGAAUUUGGUUUUUUAAAGCUCUGUCUUGCCUCACAAUGUUUCAAAUAUAAUGUAAAAAAGCAUUAAACAACUAGACAAUUACUUGAUUUAUUGAAAUAAAUGUAUAAUUUAUU